AUGCCUCAGUUACUGCGAAACAUUAAUGGAAUCAUUGAGGCCUUUGGGCGCUAUGCCAGGACAGAGGGCGGCUGCACAGUGCUCACCAGAGGGGAGCUGAAGAAGCUCUUGGAGCAUGAGUUUGCCAAUGUCAUAGUGAAACCCCAUGACCCCGCCACGGUGGAUGAAGUCCUGCGCCUGCUGGAUGAAGAUCACACAGGGACUGUAGACUUCAAGGAAUUCCUAGUCUUGGUGUUUAAAGUUGCCCAAGCCUGUUUUAAGACACUGAGUGAGGGUCCUGGAGGUGCUUGCAGAUCUCAAGCACCUGGAAGCUACUACUCUGGGUCCUCAAAAGAGCUUCAGGAAAGUCAGAGGAUCAGCACUGAAGUAGGGAGGGAUGAGAGACAGCAGCCACACCAGGGGAGCAGCCAUGAACAGAUCGAACAGGCUUCCAGAAGGCAGACCAGGCCUGACACCCAGUACCAGGGUCGGGAUAGGAGCCAGGACAGGAAAGCUGAGUUCCAGAGACAGGAGAGGGUAAGCCAGCAGACACAAGUUACGGGGCAUGUGGAGCAGAGCCGGAGAACAGGAGACGAUAAGCGUCAUCAAGACCGAGAGGGGAGGACAGAAAGGCAGUCACGCUUUGGAGAACAGACAAAUGAGACUACAGCUACAACUGCAAUUCAAACCCAGAGAGGUACAUCCCAGACUCUGGAGCAGGACAGGCGCUAUCACACAGGAAGGACCAACAUCCAAACUCAGGAGUCCAUUUAUGGCCAGACCAGAGGGAAUGAGACCCAUGGUCAAAACAGAAGUCAAACCAGCCAGGCUGUGGCAGGAGGACACAGCCAGUCACAGGCCGGGCCCCAGACUCAGACACACACUCAGACCAUAGAGCAGAGACAGACAGGAAACAGUGGCAUCCAAACCCAGGAGUCCAUCAACUGUCAGACCAGUGGAACUGAGACCCAUGGUCAAGACUGGAGCCAGACCAGUCAAGUUGUGACAGGAGGACACAUCCCAACACAGACAGGGUCACAGAUUCAGACACACACCCAGAUCACGGAGCAGGACAGGGGUUGUCAGACAGGAAACACAAAUAACCAGACCCAGGGGUUCACCUGUGGCCAGGCCAGAGGAACUGAGACUCAUGGUCGAGACUGGAGCCAGACCAGCCAAGUUGUGACUGGAGGACACCUCCCAACACAGUCAGGGUCAUAUACUUGGACACACACUCAAACAGCAGAACAGAGCAGGAACCAUCAGUCAGGAAGCACAGGCAUCCAAACACAAGCGUCCACCUGUAGCCAGACCAGAGGAACUGAGAGCCAUGGUCAACAGUGGAGCCAGACUCUGACAGGACACAAUCAGACACAAACUGGGCCACAUACUCAGACACAUACCCAGACUAUGGAUCCUGGUAGGAAUCAUCAGACAGAAAGUACCAGCUUUCAGACACAGGAGUCCACACGUGGCCCAACCCAGGGGAGAGAGAUUCAUAGUCAAGAGAUGAGCCAGACCAGCCAGGCUAGGACAGGAGGACACAUCCAGACCCAAGCAGGAUCAUACACCCAGACUGUGGAGCAGGGCUGGAGCCAGAGUACAAGCCAGAGUGCAGGGGCUAGAGGACAAGGACAGACCCAGAUGCACACUGGUAGCAGUCAAACACAGAUAACAGUGGGCAACUAUAACACAGGAAAGCCAGAACCAGUGAGUCAGGUCCAGACCGGGACAAGAUCUGAGACAGGAAGACAGGACUGGAACAGCACUCAUCCCUGUAGGACAGAAAGACAGGAUGAGAGAGACACCGAGUUUAGCAGGGGACCAGGAGGUCAGGCCCAGACUGGAACAAGUUCUGAGACAGGACGACAGGACUGGAACAGCACUCGUGUCAGCGGGACAGGAAGACAGGAUGAGGGAGACACAGAGUUUAGCGGGGAGUGGGUUGAUGACCACACAAGGGAGAUAGUGAUCCGAAGUCAGGACCAGGGCAGGGGACACUCUGAGCAUCCUUCAGCAUAG